AUGGCCACUUGUCAGGUAAUUUCAGCUCAAAUAGAGGAUGUAGACAAGGAGGAUUAUCAUUCCAAUGACCCAAACAAUCUCAACAAAGAUGUGCCAAGUAACGACCCAGAUGUGUCAGGUAACGACCCAGAUGUGCCAGGUAACGACCCAGAUGUGUCAGGUAACGACCCAGAUGUGCCAGGUAACGACCCAGAUGUGUCAGGUAACGACCCAGAUGUGCCAGGUAACGACCCAAAUGUGCCAGGUAACGACCCAGAUGUGUCAGGUAACGACCCAGAUGUGUCAGGUAACGACCCAGAUGUGCCAGGUAACGACCCAGAUGUGUCAGGUAACGACCCAGAUGUGCCAGGUAACGACCCAAAUGUUCCAGGUAACGACCCAGAUGUGUCAGGUAACGACCCAGAUGUGUCAGGUAACGACCCAGAUGUGCCAGGUAACGACCCAGAUGUGCCACGUAACGACCCUGAUGAGCACGAGAAAGACAAAACUUGCCAGAGGAAUCGACUAGAAACAAACUAUUCCUUUGGGUGGACACAGAGCCGAUUCGACGGUCACUGCAUCCAGUAA